UUAUUUUCAUAAGAGUAUACUAAACGUUUCGUUCGAGCAGUCCGAGUUGGAUUUCCGCUUCAAUCGCGAAUCUUCUUUCCCUCCGUUUACAUAUUCGUGGCUGCUGCUUUGGAGGGUUAUUCUCUUUCUUGAUGCAACUUGAAUAAAGAUGGAGGAAAAGCUCAACGAAGUUGAAGAUGUUGACAGAGCUUCUAGUGAUUCUUUUUUUGUUGAUUCAAAUGAUGAUGAACCGUCAACAUCUGGACAAGAUGAUAGGCUACGCUUUGAGGAGCCUUUGACUGAGAAGGAAAUAGAAGAGCUGGUAUCUGAGUUUUUGGAGGUUGAGAGCAGGGCUGCAGAGGCGCAAGAAACACUUGAGAAGGAAUCUCUUGCUAAAGUGGAGAGUGAAGUGAGAGAGGAGCUGACACAAAGUCUUCAAGGGGAUGAUUUGGAGACAGCUGUUGCAGAUGAAAUGGCUACUUUUAUAGAGCAAUGGGAAGGUGUGCUAGAUGAGCUUGAGACAGAGAGUGCACAAUUGUUGGAACAACUUGACGGGGCUGGUAUUGAGUUACCCAGCCUUUAUAAGUGGAUUGAGAGUCAAGCUCCAAAUGGUUGCUGCACUGAAGCUUGGAAAAGUAGAGCGCAUUGGGUAGGAUCUCAGGUGACUAGUGAAGCUGCUGAGUCUUUAGCUGAUGCUGAAAAGCAUCUUCAAACCCAGAGGCCUGUAAGGAGGAAACAUGGUAGACUAUUGGAGGAGGGUGCUAGUGGAUUUCUGCAAAAGAAGCUUUCCAAUGAUGCUAGCCAAGAGGCACCAACAGGAAAAUCGGACAUAGAAUGGAACUCAUUCAUGAAAAUAUGUUCUAAUGGUUUAACUGAGGAUGACAAUGGCUUUGGCAGCAAGAACUGGGCUUCUGUCUACUUGGCUAGCACCCCGCAACAAGCUGCACUAAUGGGACUUAAAUUUCCUGGAUUUGAUGAGGUGAGGAAUUCCUUUUUUUUUUUGCAUAAGCUAGGACUAAAUCCUUUUAGAAAUUUCAUUUUCCUAUUAUCAAAAUGGUUUUUCAAGUUCUUGAAAUUCCUUUUGUUUCCUCGGGUACGGUUGAAGAACUAG